AUGUGCAUGGCCCGGCUUCAGGCCAUGGGCCAGGCCAAGCCAGGCCAAAGUCAUGGCCUGGACAUGGCCCAGGGCUCAGCUUUGGAUGUUGGAAAGCCCAAGCUGUGGCUUUGUAUGAUCAUGUUGUCUGUUACAGACUCAUCCACCUGCAAAAAAUCUGUCAAGGCAGGGUAUACUAUCAAAGAACCUCUCAUGAACGUGUUUCAACGUGGAGAAUACAUCAUGGAUGAAGAGCUCCAAGGUCUAGUUGCGAGCAAGAUUCAGUAUCAUAUUCUUACGAAGCAGUUCCAACAAGGACAUGAUCGUGUGUGGAUAUCGCGUGAUGCCAAACUUACGAUGGCAUGGUGUUUUAGAAGUCAAGCUUCAGACUCAGUUCGAACAAGAGCCAUCAAGUGGGUUAUGGACCUCAUUCAAUUCCACCUCGUCGAAGCUGUUCCCAAGUUCAGCCUGUGUUACCCUGGUGCCAAAUUGUUGGACGCCAACAUCCUGAAGCCAAACACUGGUUACCUCACUGUCGAGCGCCACAAAGGUACCCUCGGGAAGCAGUCUGGUGUCAUAUCACCAGUGCAUUCUGAUGUUAAGCCCAUCUCAGAGGGCGAAAAAGACCGGGGGAUUGACUUGGCACCUUCUAAAGGCGAAAACUAG